AUUCUUUGCGGCUGGGAGAUCACGUGAGCGAGGGAAAUAUGGCGACCUUUGAGAGUCGUCUUACAGUAAGAGGUCUGCUGUCAGUGCAACUGCAAUAAUUCGUAUUUUGCGAGCUCACUAAUAAGUGGCACCCACCAGUGCGCCAAGCAACCAAGGCUGAGCAGCCAUACUGAGGUUUUCAUCUCUCAGUGGGAACAGCACAGAUCGUUAUUCCAGCCUAUUCGGCUAUUGUUUCCAUACUGUAAAAGCCAGGGUGGUAUGUAGUAUGCUGACGGUAUGCCGCAGAAAAGGCGAAUUCGUGCGAGGGAAGCGGACCAAGUGCCCAAGAAGAGACAUCUCGCUGAAAACAAUGGCGAGUUUGUUGUUGUGUCUGACGCAGAAAGCGAGAAACAGCACGACGUUCUCCUGUCAAGGGAAGACAGGCUGCAGGCACGACAGCAGAGCGGACAGGCUCGAGAUAUGACAGAAGACGAAAUGGUGAGCCUGGCCAUGCGAAUGAGCGAACAGGAAGCCAGGCGGACCAAGCAGCGGGACAAGGAGGAGGACGAAGCCGUGAGGAGGGCAAUAGUGGAGAGUCUACAUGAAAGCAGCAGGUGUGAUGAUCCCGACCAGACCAGCUCGUUUGAAGAGCGAGAAGAGUUUGCUGCCCAGAAAACAAAGAGACGUCCCACCAGGAAAAAACGCCCAAAUUCCCAAUCCAGGCAGGUUAAAGAGGGCCAAAAUGAAUUCCCAGAGCUUCAGGAUGGCAGCUCCUCAGAUUCCGAGUCCCUGCUCAGGGCACUUCACAAACCCGUCCUGCGCCUGGAGAAGCUGAGUCAAGAAGUGGUGGGCAGCUGCAAGGAAACGGGAUUUGUUUUGUGUUCCCAAGACCACGUGCCUUCGGAGAGCUCUCAGUCCUCCCCAAGACUCUGCCCUCCACUUCCUGAGAGCCCUGUCUUCUCCAAGGGGGGCACAGGUGGGAGACCGACAGCCCCGAACGUGAGCACCAGGAGAAGGCAGAUUCUCCAAGGCAGUGAGCAGACGGAUGGAGGUGCGGGCGGACAAGAGAAUUUAGAAGAGUUGCCCUCCUGCAGCCUGGAUCUCGGUGACAAAGACGUCUCUAAACGCAGACUGUCCACAAGAAGGAAGGGGAGCUUUAACAGCCCGGCUCAGAAUAGAAGGCCACAGGCUGAUGAGGAGGAGAGAUGCACUGAGGAAAUUGCUGAUGGACAGCUGAAGCAGAGAGGCAGGGAGCAGCAAAGCAGGCUGCAGACGCCUCACAAGGAUGAGUUGCCCACCUGUAGUGUGAAACUGAACGAUGGGUUUCCAAGUCAAAUGACCUUGCACUGGGCUGAGGAAGAAGACGAGAAUGAAGAGGAAGAUCCCAAGAAGGAAAACCAGGAGAGGCACGAGACGGACCAGACUCAAGUUACUCCAAAAAAUACAGUAUUGGAGGAUGCCAGCUCCUCAGAGUCCGAGACCCGGCUGAAGACCUUCUCUUGUGCCCCGUGUAAGUCUGGACAUACCACCGAUCAUGUCCUCGAGCAAGAAGAGCAGGGUCAGCAGAGUCAGGAGCUGGUGGGCAGCUUCCGGGAGGCGAGGUUCCUGCUGCAAACCCAGGAGACUCGAGCUCCUGACCCCAGGCAGAACCCUCGGCUUCCCAAGAGAGGCCUAGGGGAAGAAGGCACUGCGCCGGGGGCAGAGAGCGGAGGAAGUUGCCUCCCCGGGAAGUUCCUCGUCCCAAAAACCGGCGCCGCAGCAGCAGCUGGAGGCCGAGAUCCAGGGGCUUUAAUAGAGAAGUCCUCCAGCGUCGCAGGGAGCCCAGCUGCCAAGGGGGGAAGCCCUUCCGGGCCGGCCUCGUCGCUUAGAGACGGUCCGCAGCAAGAACCGGGGAAGAGGGGGCCAGACCAGGCAGCUGUGCUCUACUACUGGGGCGUGCCCUUCUGCCCGAGGGGCCUGGACCCAGACGAGUACACGCAGGUGAUCCUGACUCAGAUGGACGUGUACCAGCGAAGUCUGAAGGCGGCGCAGAGGGGGCUGCUGCGCAAGGCAGAGUGGGGGGACCCCGUACUGCCAGCCCCCACCGAGGAGCCCCCGUGCAAGAAACGCCGGAGGCUGAGAAGGAACGAGAGUCGGGGGACACAGGAGCUUGGGGAGAGAGGCUGGGGGGACGAGGAGGAAGAGGGCGAAGGGGAGGGAGCCCCCGAAGAGGACCGGCAGGGUGUCCCAGCCGCUGGACGGGGGGAAGAUGACCCGCAGGACGGCGAGGGGGGCAUGAACGAUGCGGAGAAGGAGGAGCAAGAGGAUUCUCCAUUGCUGUUCAGUGCGGAAAGAUCCCAUAGGAAGCGAUUGUCUUUGAGGAGGCGUGGCCUGCGGGAGGGCAGCCCACCUGAGGCAGCCCAGCCGCGCGAAGAGGAGCCAGAGCUCGACGUCUGUCCUGAGACCCAGCUGUGUGAUGAGGGCACCCAGCAAUUGUCUUCUGAGAGACCUGCCAGUGUCCAGCCUCAGCCUGUCGUGGUGGUGGUGGAGGAGGAGGAGGAGGAGGAGGGUAGUGCUGCCGCUGUCGAGGGGGUAACGGAGAAAGAUACACCGGCCAAGCACGUGCAGUGCCCCAUCUGCAUGCAGAGCUUCCCUCUCCUGCGCAUUGAGGUGCAUGCUGCCUACUGCGACGGGCCCCGGGAGGAGGAGCUUCUGGAGGAGGCAGCCUCGCAGGGUUGUGCCCGAAGAAGAAGUAGUAGGAAAGCACAAGUCAUUGAUGAGAAUGAACCCACUUCCUCAGCCUUUUGCAAGUCGACUUCACGGGAAAAGUGCUACAUCUGCAGAGGCUAUGUCCCUGUUGGUGAUUUUGAGAGGCACACGGAGUCCUGCAUCCGCCGAAGAGCAGAUGAGGGACGAGAGGAUUUCCUCACUGCUUUGGAGCAGUCCGAACAGAAGAAUAUCGAAGCUGAAUCUUAUCAUUCAUCACUCAAGCACAGAAAAUACAGCGAGCCGGUCUCCCUCCUGGACCACGAGGAUGACGCUGCGGGAGAGGACCAGGUGCCGAGCGACUCCCCAGUUAGAGCCUUCACCCCCAUCUCCGAGGCCAAGGACUGCCUUGUGGACUUCAAACAGCAGUUUGCCUCCAGGACGGGCCAGAGGGCUGGGAAGAGAAGGAGGCUGAAGAGAUAGAUUUUCAUGUGUCUAAACUGCCUGUUGCAGAAUUUGGAAGUUUUUACUGUGUUCUUACACCUGAAUCUUUUUUUUUGUAAACUGUUCCCAGUUAAUAUUAGUUUUAUAUUAAAUUUCUUUUUUUUAUCUUUU